UUAGUCAAAAAAAUGUCUGCUCCGCAAAGGAUUCAGUCAUUCUGAAAGAGAGAAAAAUAACAAAGACAAGAAUUGGUCAUUGAGUGUAUUAUUUGUAAUCGUAAUCACAGAAAAAACUCGAUUGAAACGUAAAAAAUUGUGUUGUCAUAAAGAAAAACAACUCACGAGCGCAUUUCACUUAUGGUGGAUUGCGAAAAAAUUGCUGUAAAUUGCUAAAUGCGGACAAAGAGACGUCCAGUGCGAUAUACCAUUUUUUUUUGUUCGUUCAUGAAUCUGACUGAUUGGAUUGCUAUACGCUGACUUUCAUUGGCACUGAAACCAUCGUAUCUUGUGUGUUAUUUUUUUCUUCACCAUUUUGGUUGAAAGCAGUGAAGAGAAAGUAUUGUUUCAGUUUAGGUGUGGUUCUCAUCGUGUGUUGUUUUUAAUAUUUUCGUUUGACAUCGACAAACAUCAGCAAAUUAGUACAUUUUUUAUCGAUUGGACAUUUGAUUACAUGAAAUAAUCACGAUAAAUACUUGUUUACCAAGUCAAUUGUGUUGUGUAGUACGAAUUGAGCGUAGUUGUCAAAAUUGCAUCUGUGGUGGACCCCGAGCCAGCAAACAAGCAACAACAAAAAAGCACAACAUAUAAAUCACAACGAAUGCAUUAUUUUGAGUUAAAUGCCUAUUUCAAAAAUCAUUCGAAUACACAGUCGAAGCAAUUAUAUUUUGUAUUAAUGUGAGCUGUCCAACAAUAUUUUAUCGGAAUUUAUUUCUUUUUUAAUUAAAACAAAAACAAAAUUCAACACAACUCAAGAGCGAGAUAGCGAAAGAAAGAGAGAGAGAGAGAGAGAGAGACGACGCGAUUUGUGCGUGAGUGAAAUUGAAAUAUUACCUAUCGGCUGGCUGCACGGUUCGGAGACGACGACAAUAUAGUGUAAAAUUGUAGUAAAUAUGGAUGAUAGCUCAGCACAAUUGGGCGGCGUUACGAAUUCAUCAUCACAAUUAGGUGGAACCGGUGGCAAUUCGAUUGGAUUGAAUAAGCAAAACGAUGGUUCAAAUAACGCCAAUUCCCAUGAGCAAAUUUACACCAUUCCGGGUGUGUUGCAUUUCAUUCAGCACGAAUUUUCACGAUUCGAAAUUGAACGAUCGCAAUGGGAUGUGGACCGGGCGGAAUUACAAGCAAAAAUAGCCGUAUUAUUGGGCGAACGCAAGGGACAAGAAUCACUUAAAUCCGAUUUAAUUCGUCGCAUUAAAAUGUUAGAAUAUGCAUUGGUACAGGAGCGUGCAAAAUCUCAUCGUAUGAAAUAUGGUUGCGAUCCACCGUCAAUUAAUGAAGUUAGCGCACCGACCGGUGAUGAGCCGAACAUCACAAAUGAAGUUGCACCCGAUUCCGAAGCACCAUUCAGUUCAGUGUCAAAUGUAACAUGGCGACAAGGCCGGCAGCUAUUACGUUCAUAUUUACAAGAGAUUGGAUACACUGAUACCAUCAUUGAUGUGCGUUCGACUCGUGUUCGUUCAUUGUUGGGGCUGACAAAUGGUUCCGAGCAAGAGGAAAACAUAAAUCCAAAUGUAAUUGCAAACGAAGGUACUAAGCGUGCUAGUGACUCGCAAGGUCGACGAACGCCAGCGAAAAAACCACAGCAGGCCUCAAUGGCAGAAGCAAUGAUACUCGAUUCAGAAGCGGCCGUCAUGGCAAAUUUUGAAUUUUUGGGCAAUGCCGACGUUGAAAUGUCAGAUGAUGAUGGGAUUUCGGACGAUUUGGAUAUGGUUGUAGGCGAUGAAAGCGAUGUCAAAACCACUAAACGUAAAGCCAAAGGAAUAACAAUGCAUGACGAUGUUGAUGCAGAAGCCGAAGAAGUUGUGAACGAAUUAAAUUCACUCAGCGAAGCGGAUGACACUAGUUCAAAUGCACCGGGCAAAGCAUUUUCGAUUGUUGUGAGACGAUCAUUGGAAGGUGUUAAGGACGAUGAUAUCGAUGCAUCGCUUGGUUUGGGUGAGCUUGCCCAAUUGACCGUGAACAAUGAUGCUGAAGCAGCAUACGAUGUUGGCAAUGCAAAAGAUGCAAAUUAUAGAAAAACAUGGAAUGCCAAAUACACGUUACGAUCACAUUUUGAUGGUGUACGUGCACUAGUGUUUCAUCCACAAGAUUCAGUUUUAGUGACUGCCUCGGAAGAUCAUACAUUAAAAUUGUGGAAUUUACAUAAAACGGCACCCACCAAGAAAACAACUGGCUUAGAUGUUGAACCAUUGUAUACGUUCCGUGCGCAUACAUCGCCCGUUUUAUGUUUGGCAAUGUCAACGAAUGGUGAACAAUGUUUUUCAGGCGGUUUGGAUGGUACAAUCAUUUGUUGGAAUAUACCCGGUGCAAAUAUUGAUCCAUACGAUAGCUAUGACGAAUCGGUAUUGCAUUCAACGCUCACCAGUCACACCGAUGCCGUUUGGGGAUUGUCGGUGAAUCCAGAAAAAGGACAUUUGGCAUCAUGUUCUGCCGAUGGCACCGUUAAAAUCUGGUCACCUAAAACAUUACUAAACACAAUCACCGGCGAUAUUGACAGUGGCACACCAACAUCAAUAGAUUUUGUGCGUGACGAACCGGAUCGAAUAGUUGUUGCAUAUGAUACGGGUGCAUGCAUUAUUUAUGACACCGAAAGUGGUAAGUCCGUAGUCAAAUUGGAUACCACACAAGAGGCAAACGGGAAUGGUGGAAAAUUCAUAAAUAAAGUGGUAUGUCAUCCAACACUUCCCGUUACAAUAACAGCACAUGAAGAUCAUCACAUUCGUUUUUGGGACAAUACAAAUGGUUCGAUGUUACAUUCAAUGGUUGCUCACUUAGAACCAGUUACUAGUUUGGCUAUUGAUGCCCAUGGACUCUAUUUAUUAUCGGGAUCACAUGAUUGUUCAAUACGACUAUGGAAUUUUGAUAAUAAAACAUGUGUACAAGAGAUAACCGCCCAUCGAAAGAAAUUCGAUGAAAGCAUUUUCGAUGUUGCAUUUCAUCCAUCACGUCCGUACAUUGCCAGUGCCGGUGCUGAUGCUUUAGCAAAAGUAUUUAUCUAAGAGACGUGCGAUUGAGAAAUAUAGAUAAAAUAUUUGUGAGUGACACAUGAAGAGACACGGUGCAAGUGUGCAAGGGAAGCAAGUGACCGAAUCAGCAGACAACAAUAUCGAGUGAAAAAAAAGAGAAAAAGAAAAAAAGCGAAUGAAAGAGAGAAAAAUUGUAAGCAAAAUAAUAUGAAGAAAACUAACAGGACGAAGUAGGAAUUCAAAUCGUUUUCUAUUGACUUCAUCAUUCUGCCCUGAUUCUGUUCUGAAUAUAUAAAUUCUGUGGAUAUAAAUAUUAUUAUUAUUACUACUAUUAUUAUAAAGAAGAAGAAAAUGGAAUGAAAUUAUUGCGUCUAGAAUCUUGUGGCCAUCUAUGGCCAACUGUGCAAACAUCUAUUGUUUGAAAGGCAAUUGAAUAAUAAGAAAAUUGUUUUUUUUUUUUUAGAAUCAAAUUGUGCAACAGUCGUUCAUCAUUAUUCAUAUGGUAUACAUAUUUUUUUAAUCGUAGCUAUUUUAUUAUGAAAAUUCCUUUUUUUUGUGAACAUUUCAUAUUUAAAAUGCAAUGAAACAAUACUACAUUAUACGUGAAUUUAAUUAAACUUUUAUAAUAAUUGAUAACAUGAAACAAUCCACUUGCGAUCAAAUACAAAAAGAAUGAAUGAAUUAUUGAAUGAAACACACAAAAAUGGCAUAGAGAUAGAACUACACAGUUAUGAAGAAUUAAAAAUAAAUGUAACAAAAGAAAUGAGGAAAUACUAUGCAAAACUUCAAAUGCUAAACGGAAAUUCUCUUUGAACAUCGUCGCAAUUUCAACAUAACGAAAAAAAAAAUACAAACAACAUCAAAAAUAUUCGCAUCAUCUGAUAUUAAUGAAUUCAUUUAGAUUGUAGACUUUCACAAUAUUUAUAUGACAAAACAAUAAAUAACAAAAAAAAAACAAGCAAACAUCAUACAAAA